CACCCUGACCUCUGCGGCGGUCUCGGUCUUGAGCUGCUUGACACGGUCACUGACCAAGCUGUGGACGUGGGCUGGGUGUCAUUUGACGGGCUAGGGCCUGACCCCUGAGGUGUCUGCUGCCACAGAUAGUGACGAACGUGAGGAACACGCUGCAUGGCUUCAAGAAGCUUCACGGGCGCUCGUUCGACGACCCCAUCGUGCAGACGGAGCGGAUCCGCCUGCCGUACGAGCUGCAGAAGAUGCCCAAUGGGAGCGCCGGCGUGAAGGUGCGGUACCUGGAGGAGGAUCGGCCGUUUGCCAUCGAGCAGGUGACGGGCAUGCUGCUGGCGAAGCUCAAGGAGAUCUCGGAGAGCGCGCUGCAGAAGCCGGUGGCCGACUGUGUCAUCUCGAUCCCCAGCUUCUUCACGGACGCGGAGAGGCGCUCGGUACUGGCAGCGGCCCAGGUGGCGGGGCUGCACUGCCUGCGGCUCAUGAACGAGACCACGGCAGUGGCGCUGGCCUACGGGAUCUACAAGCAGGACCUGCCAUCCCUGGAGGAGAAGCCCCGCAACGUGGUGUUUAUCGACAUGGGGCACUCUGCCUACCAGGUGUCGGCCUGCGCCUUCAACAAGGGGAAGCUGAAGGUGUUGGCCACGACCUUCGACCCCUACCUGGGCGGCAGGAACUUCGACGAGGUCCUGGUGGACCACUUCUGCGAGGAGUUCAAGACCAAGUACAAGAUCCACGUGCGGGAGAACACGCGGGCACUGCUGCGUCUGUACCAGGCCUGCGAGAAGCUCAAGAAGGUGAUGAGCGCCAACACGGCCGACCUGCCGCUGCACAUCGAGUGCUUCAUCAGCGACCUGGACGUGAGCAGCACCAUGAACAGGGCUCACUUUGAAGAGCUGUGCGCGCCCCUCCUGGCCAGGGUGGAGCCCCCACUGAAGGCGGUGAUGGAGCAGGCCAACCUGGAGCGCGAGGACGUCAACAGCAUCGAGAUCGUGGGGGGCGCCACGCGCAUCCCGGCCGUCAGGGACCAAAUCUGCAGGUUCUUCCUCAAGGACAUCAGCACCACGCUCAACGCCGACGAGGCUGUGGCCAGGGGCUGUGCGCUGCAGUGUGCCAUCCUGUCUCCGGCCUUCAAAGUGCGGGAGUUCUCCAUCACGGACCUGGUGCCCUUCUCCAUCACUCUGCGCUGGAAGAGCUCCAGUGAGGAUGGCGCCGGGGAGUGUGAGGUCUUCUGCAAGAACCACCCCGCCCCCUUCUCCAAGGUCAUCACCUUCCACAAGAAGGAGCCCUUCGAGCUGGAGGCCUUCUACACGCACCUGCACGAGGUGCCCUACCCGGACCCCAGAAUCGGGAGCUUCACUAUUCAGAAUGUCUUUCCACAGUCUGAUGGCGACAGCUCCAAAGUGAAGGUCAAAGUCCGUGUGAACGUCCACGGCAUCUUCAGCGUGGCAAGUGCAUCAGUGCUAGAGAAGCAGAGCCCGGAGGGCGGCCACGGCGAGGUGCCCAUGGAGACGGAGCUGACCUGCGGGCCCGAGGGCAGAGAGGAGGAGAAGAUGCAGGUCGACCAAGAGGAAGGUCACCGGCGGCGUAGUGAGCAGAGCCCCGAGGAGGAGCUGGAGCCCACGGGGGCACAGGCUAAGUCGGCUGCCUCAGACAAGCCAGAGCGCCCCAGCCCCACGGCCAAGAAGGGCCGAGCCAAGAGCAUCGACCUGCCCGUCCUCAGCAUCCUGUGCCGCCAGCUGGGCCAGGACCUGCUCAACAGCUACAUUGAAAAUGAGGGGAAGAUGACAAUGCAGGACAAACUGGAGAAGGAGAGGAAUGACGCCAAGAAUGCGGUGGAGGAGUACGUCUACGACUUCAGAGACAAGCUGGGCACCGUCUACGAGAAGCUCAUCACCCCGGAGGACUUGAACAAACUGUCUACAGUCUUAGAAGACACAGAAAAUUGGCUUUAUCAGGAAGGAGAGGACCAGCCGAAACAAGUCUACGUGGACAAGCUCAAAGAGCUCAAGAAACACGGCCAACCGAUCCAGGUGAGGUACUUGGAGCAUGAGGAGAGGCCCAAGGCCUUGACCGAGUUGGGGAGGAAGGUGCAGCUUGUCAUGAAGGUGGUGGAGGCGUACAGAAGCAAGGAUGAAAAAUACAGCCACUUGGACCCUGCCGAGGUGGACAAGGCCGAGAAGUACGUUGGUGACGUCGUGGGCUGGCUGAACGGCAAGAUGAACGCUCAGAACAAGCUCAGCCUCACGCAGGACCCCGUGGUGAAGGCCGCGGAGAUAUCGGCCAAGGCACAGGAACUGGACAAUUUCUGCAACCCCCUCAUCUUCAAGCCCAAGCCGAAGGCCGAGGACACAGAAGACAAGACAAAAGCCAGCGAGCACAACGGACCGACGGACGGGCAGGGCGGGCCAGACUCCAAGCCAGACCCGGCGAAAGACGGCGCCCCGCACGCAAAGGCCGGUGGAGAGAUGGACGUGGACUAGGCUCCCGUGGCCGCCCCCGCCGGCGCAGACGGCCUCUGUCCACCGCUGUCCCGCCCGGUACACACAACAGAUGUUGAGUUGUUCUUAA